AUGGGUAAAAAAAACUCAAAAUUGAAGCAAGAUACAAUCGAUCGAUUAACGACUGAUACAUAUUUUACCGAAAAGGAAAUACGACAAUGGCAUAAAGGAUUUUUAAAAGACUGUCCAAAUGGAUUGUUAACGGAACAAGGAUUCAUAAAAAUCUACAAACAGUUCUUCCCACAAGGUGAUCCGUCAAAAUUUGCAUCCUUAGUGUUUCGAGUAUUUGAUGAAAAUAAUGAUGGUUCAAUUGAAUUUGAAGAAUUUAUACGAGCGUUAUCAGUCACUUCAAGGGGUAAUUUAGAUGAGAAAUUACAUUGGGCUUUUCGACUGUAUGAUGUUGACAACGAUGGUUUUAUUACACGUGACGAGAUGUACAACAUAGUGGACGCAAUUUAUCAAAUGGUGGGUCAACAACCACAACCAGAAGAUGAAAAUACACCACAGAAACGAGUUGAUAAAAUAUUCGAUCAAAUGGAUAAAAAUCAUGAUGAUCGAUUAACAUUGGAAGAGUUCCGUGAAGGUAGUAAAGCUGAUCCACGAAUAGUGCAAGCGCUAUCGCUGGGGGGUGAAUGAUCAUUAACAAAUCCGGAUCCACAACCGUCGAAUACGGAUCAAACCGUAUUAUCAGAUCCGUCAACAUCAAAUCAUUCUUGUGAUAAUAUUCAACAAUGAUCACAAGUCACAACCAAUAACACCAACAAUAACCAACGUCUUCAGCAAUAAAUCAUAUAGUGACGAUCAUGGUGAUAAAAAAAAACGAGACAGUUAAAUUAGAAUUGUAAUAAUAAUUGUAUUUGUAAG